CUUCAUUAUACAACGACCGAUCUUAACUUUUGUUGCUCACAUUUCUCCACGACAGGGCUGAGGGUGCACAGAGAUUAAUCGAUCCACUUCCGAAAUACUAUCGCCAUGGCUGGGAAAGUUGUACUUCACUAUUUCAAUGGGAGAGGAAAAAUGGAGUCAAUCCGCUGGCUCUUGACUGUUGCAGAAGUGGAAUUUGAUGAGGUGUUUUUGACAACUCGGGAGCAGUAUCUUAAACUCCUGAGUGAUGGAGACCUCAUGUUUCAACAGGUUCCAUUGGUGGAAAUGGAUGGCAUGAAGCUUGUUCAGACAAAGGCAAUCUUAAACUACAUUGCAGAGAAGCACAACCUUCAUGGAAAAGAUCUCAAAGACAAACUCAUGGUCAACACCCACUCAGAGGGAUUGAUGGAUCUCAUGGAAAUGAUCAUGACUUUGCCCUUCGCCGCAGAUGUCAAAACAAAACUGGACAACAUUCAAAAUAAAGCAAAAGACCGCUACCUUCCUGUGUUUGAAAAGGCUUUGAGUGGGCCCAUAUACCUGGUUGGAGGUAGACUGAGCUGUGCAGAUGUGCAGCUGCUCGAAUGCACCCUGAUGUUGGAGGAGAAAUUUGUUGGCAUCCUUGCAGAAUUCCCCAACCUCAAGUCUUUCCAGGGCAGGAUGACCAGAAUUCCCGCCGUCAGCAGGUUCCUGCAGUCCGGCAGCAAGAGGAAGCCGCAGCCAGACGAUGUAUACGUGAAAACCAUCAUGGAGGUUUUCGACAUCAAAUCCCCGUUUCUGUGAACUCUGUCCUCCUCUCACAGGCAGGGUGAAUGAUUGAUAAUGCAAGGACAGCAUUUUGUCCACGAGGAUCGACUAUAUUCCAAUACUUCACUAACCAUCACGAACGUUAGCAUUAGCUUGACUGGAAUCUAUGUAGUUUGCACUGAAUAAAUAUUUGACAAACAUUUAA